GGGUUGGGCAUCCACUCACGUGUAUAUAAAGCUGGCCUGAAACGUUCGAUACAUCGUGAUCACCACUUGUUCAAUCUUGACACUCCAACCUUCUCCGCAACUGCCUAGAAAUGAACAACUAUUGUUUGGUGGCCCUUCUCCUCGUUUGCUCAAUGGCGGUAACGACGAAAGCUGAUCAAAUCACGGAGCCGUAUUGCCGUUGGUCGGGCACUGCGCCGGCUUGUGCUGGAGCUUGUGAAACUGGCGAAUUCGUUGCGUCCACUAGCAAAUACGGUGACGGUAAAACAUGCGCGACGGGCGUCAAACGGUACUGCUGCAAGAUGCCACCGCAAUGGCUGGCUCAACUGGCCCAAGCCAAUUUUUACGUUCUGAACGGUGGUCCAGUUGAGCCUCAGAUUGUGCCGGGGGCCUACUGAUUGGUCAUCGUCAUCGUCACAACAUUUCCUCAUGUUUGUCACUGUGUACUGAACGUCUACCGACGCAUUUUAGCCAAUUUUCUAUAAAUUAUAUUCUCUUUUUAUGCGGAAAAUACAAAUGAUUCAUAAUGUC